AUGAUUCAACUUAACAACUGGAGGAGACAGCUUGUGGUUCUUUUGGAAGAACCUUCUGUUGAUUAUGCAUGCACACCAGAGGAAGUGCAGCAACACUUUCAGUCAUGUGGUACAGUGAACAGGGUCACUAUCCUGACAGACAAGUUUGGUCAGCCUAAAGGUUUUGCUUAUGUGGAAUUUGUUGAAGCCGAAGCUGUUCAAGAAGCUAUCCUGUUGACCGAAACUGAAUUGCAUGGCCGACAAUUGAAAGUUCUGCCUAAGAGGACCAAUGUUCCUGGAAUGAAACAAUACCGUCCUAGGCGAUUGAAUCCUUACAUGGCGUACGGCUUCAGGAGGCCUUAUGCUCCUCCUCCUUACAUGUAUUCCCCUUACGGAUAUGGGAAGGCUCCAAGGUAUAGAAGGCCAAAUCGUUACAUGCCAUACUAUUAG